AUCACUGUUCGGGAUGCUCUGAACCAGGCUUUGGAUGAAGAGCUGGAGAGAGACGAGCGGGUGUUUAUGCUAGGGGAGGAAGUUGCACAGUACGAUGGAGCCUAUAAGAUCAGUAGGGGACUUUGGAAGAAGUAUGGUGACAAACGGGUUAUGGAUACUCCUAUAUCUGAGAUGGGAUUUGCAGGUAUUGCGGUUGGUGCUGCUAUGGCUGGAUUGAGGCCAGUAUGUGAGUUUAUGACAUUUAACUUCUCCAUGCAAGCCAUUGAUCAAGUUAUUAAUUCUGCUGCUAAGACCCAUUACAUGUCAGCCGGGCUCGUCCCUGUUCCAAUCGUUUUCCGGGGACCCAACGGAGCAUCGGCCGGUGUGGCUGCCCAGCACUCUCAGUGCUUUGCCGCCUGGUAUGGGCACUGUCCAGGACUGAAAGUCGUGAGUCCCUGGAAUGCCGAAGAUGCAAAGGGUCUGCUGAAAGCUGCAAUCCGAGAUGAUAAUCCAGUUGUGUUUUUGGAGAAUGAACUGAUGUACGGUGUUCCAUUCGAACUGUCCGAGGAAGCUCAGUCUAAAGACUUUGUUCUUCCUAUUGGUAAAGCAAAGAUUGAACGGCCAGGCAGUCAGAUCACUGUGGUCGCUCACUCUCGUCCUGUGGGUCACUGUAUAGAGGCUGCCAAUGUGCUGGCUAAGGAAGGAAUUGAUUGUGAGGUUAUCAACUUGCGCACAAUCCGACCAAUGGACAUUGAAACGAUCGAAGCCAGCGUUGUGAAGACCAACCAUCUGGUCACAAUAGAGGGAGGGUGGCCUCAGUUUGGUGUAGGAGCUGAAAUCUGUGCCAGGAUUAUGGAAGGUCCUGCAUUCAAUUACCUGGAUUCUCCUGUGUUCCGUGUAACUGGAGCGGAUGUUCCCAUGCCUUAUGCCAAGACCUUGGAAGAAAACUGCUCACCCCAAGUAAAGGAUAUCAUAUUUGCAGUGAAAAAGACUCUAAAUCUUAUCUAAAUGUGUGUAUAUACUGUAUAUAUAAAGUCAUUUAAAGGUCAUUAACAUGUCAUUCUAAAACCUAGGUGUCCUGACAUCUAUGUACUAUUUUAUGUUUCUGGGAAAAUGUUUUAUAGGAAGAAAGCAUUUCAUUCUAUGCUGGGUCAAAAAACAAACCGGUUAUAUCCCGGAGGGUGUUCUUGUAUUGGGGGCUUUGUCCAGCGGCAUCAUCGCCCCUUCCAACACUCCAUCCAAUCUGUCCUUCUCAUAGUGAGAGAUGUUUUAAAAAAUGGACAAUAUUUAUUAGAGUAACUCAAGUACUUCUGUAUAAAAUAACUUCUCUCUAACUCCUGAAAACGAAGGAAUACACACAUUGUUCCUUUCUACUACAAUAAAAUCCAUUAUUUGUUUCUUUAA